AAAAUUACAGUAGUUACAAACUAAUUCACAACAAACUCAAAAUAGGACAUCCCACGCGGAGCUGUUCUUCGUCCCCGCCGCAGAUGGCCUCAACGCACUUAGCACACUUCGCUCCUCAGCUCCUCCCUGCAUCCCCACCCUCUCUACAUCAUCACUUGUAAAUCAUUACUGUAUAACCUGCCACAAAACCAUAUAGUUUCCAACCAAAAUAUUUCUUCUUUGGAAACGAAGCACAGUACGCCAACGAUUCCGUUCAUCUACAUAAAUCCAAAAAUAGCAAACGUUUCCUUUCUAUCGUUUCGCUCCUCCAUCUCCCAUCGUAGAGCCUUCAAUCUUUUAAACAAUUCUUUCUCUCUGCCCAAAAAUAGCAAAGAUGCGAUUUUUAUCUACCGCUGUCUCGUCAUCCUUACAAAAUUCCUUCAUUUUCCUCAGAUUUCCUUCCUCCCCGAAAAUCCGCCCUCGGACAGCUCGUAUCCAUGGCCUCCUCCGUGGCUCGAAUGCCCUCCGACGAAUGGCGCCACCACCACGCUUCCCGCCUUCACGUCCGCACCCACAAACCUAUCUCCAAGAUCCUAACCCGUAUCUCCACCUCCAUUAACACCACAGCCGCCGCCGCCGCAGCCGCGGCUUCAGCAAUCGUCCUCAUCGGAGGAGGCGGCGAGCCACUAUCGCCGGCAACGGAAACCAAACGCCGUCAAUCCCAAAUACUUGACCGUUGGGCCGCCCGACAGGCACGCGACAUGAUUACGACUAUAGAAAGACAGGCCCAUGAGGCAGAAUUGUCGGCGCUCUCCACGACGACUCAGCCCGUCUCCGCCCGAGCUGCCUCGCUCCUCCGCGAGACCUCUCCGGACACCUCCGUUGCUGCCGCCGUAGCAGAUGUCGUUGGCAGCGGCGGCGGUGCGGUGGCCGCGGACAUCCAGCCCACCGUGCGCGCUUCAUCGCUGAUACAGAUGUGGAGGGAGCUGGAAGCUGAGGCAGGGGUCUGCCCCACGCCUCGCGCCAGCAUGGCGGCUCCACCGCCAGCCGCCGAGGCGGAGGAGGCCCUCGGCGGGUCGGACACAAGUAACGAGGCGGACGCGUUCUGCGACUUGGAGAAAGCAGCUCCAUCAUCGCCUCCGACUUCGUCCGCGGUGGAGAUGGAGAGCGAGGUCACCGAAAGGAGAAAGGUCUGGGAUAUCAUAAGAAUGCUGAGCCUACAGGUCUCGUCCUCCCCGGCCUCCUCCGGCAAUAAGCCAGAACUGUCGGCGAAGGAGAUUACGGGUAAUACGCCAGCGGCCACCCUUUUGCCUUCGUCGGCACCGUUGCCAAUGCCGGACACCAGCAAAAAAGCGUUGCGUGUAAGGGGAAGACUGGUGAUGGAAAAUUUUCAUUUGAAGCUGGAGAAAGAGCGCAGACUAGAGGUCGCCGCGCUUGAGAAGCGCCACCCUGUUUCUCGAUUCCCCUUCCGGGGCCGCAUUCAGUCAUUGAUUAGGUUGAGAUCCCUGCGACAAGAAGUAGCGACAAUCAAACAUCAACAAUGGUCUCAAAAAUUAGAAGCAAAGAGAUUUGAGACUGGAUCAAAUACAUUUUUCUCAAGGGAAAAACCUGCAGAUAGAAGUGAACUUGAUAUCAUUGAAGUUCCAGCUGAAGAAAGUCUGAAUGUCAUGGAAGUUCAGCCAUCAGAUCCUCAUGUUUGCGUCUUUGCAAUUCCCAUUAAUCAUUCUAAUGGUGAAAAUAACCUCUUCCCAGAAUUAGCAUCCACAGGAGAAACGGAAAGCUCGCCACUAGACUUCUACUCGCCAUUGUCCCAACACGAGGAUCUGCAAGAAAGCAGAAGCUCUAAAGUUUCAUGGGAUGAGAAAAGCUUAUGGGGGAGCAGCCUUGAUUGGCAAAGGCUUUCAAAUUCUCACUCGCUGCAAACUUGGCAUGGUGAGAUUGCAUCAGAGGGGACAGAAACAUCUUCUCAAGAGCAACAAAUCGAAUCUCCCCAAUGUAAAUUGUUAUUACAACCAUGGGUGAUAAGAAGAACUUUCUAUAAUGACUUACUAAAUACGAGCUUCACCGAAAAUAGAGAGAUUCAAGAACUGCUGGAGAUGAAAACAGUUUCAACUUCUCUUGCGAGCGAAUUCUCUGCCAAAAUGAACCAAAUGAUUGAGUCAUUUUUACACAGACAAGGACAACAAAAUGCUGAUGUAAUUGAAAGAGAGCAGUACGAAGAACAAGGCAUCUGGAGACAGAAUUAUGAAAGCAGUUCUGAUCAAGAGGUGGCUGCAACAUCACUGUCACAAUUAUCCUCUGCAACUUUAAGUGACCAGGAAAUUUGGAAAAAUACUUCAUUAUCGUCAUCCUCUCAAAUAUUGCAAAACCAGGAUCAUUGGCAAAGAUUUUCAUUACCGUUGCAAAAAAGCUGGCAAAGUUCUUCGUCCACACAAAAUUCAUCACCUAGUUUUCAUGAAGGGGAAGAUAUGCACGAACUGAAGAACAGUGUUGCUCAGAUACAUCACGAAAUUUCUGAGCUAAGGAAAUUAGUUGAGAGUUGCCUGGACUGGCAGAAAAAGUUAGAUCAUUCAAUAAAGCAGGAAGCUUUUUGUGCUGUCAAUCAGUUGGCUGGAAGAGGAAGUCUAUUGCAUAAUUCAAAGUGCAUGCAAGGAAGGAAAGACAAUUGUUGCAUCUGCUGUGAAGCACAAGUUGACACACUUUUAUACAGGUGUGGCCACAUGUGUGCUUGUUACAAGUGUGCUAAAGAGUUACAAUGGAGCUGUGGUAGGUGCCCAAUUUGCCGCUCUCUGAUCGCCGAUGUUGUUCGAGCGUAUCCAAACUCUUAAGUACUGAUUCAGCUUAUUUAAUCCACUGAUCAGUUUCUGAUAGUUUGGAUGAAGCAAAUCUCCUUGAGCUCCUGUUUAGAAGAACAUCCAUCCUAACUGGCCAACUUCUUAUACAUUGCACUGCAAAGCUUGCCAUUUUGGCAGUUGCAGUGAGAGUAAUAACAGUCUUAGGUGUCUUUUUUUUAUUCUUUUAUGUUCAUGGAGAGUGAAUAUCUCUUUCUUCCAGUUUUGUUAUCUUUGGUGGAGCUAUAAAUUGCUCUGUCUAUAUGUACCAAUACAAGAAGGUUAUUUUGAAAAAUACAUUUUUCAUCAACUCUUUUUGUCCUUACAGUUGGAAUUCACAAAAAGAUGAAAGAAUUCUGCUUGUUUCCAUUUUUGAAAUUAGAAUGCUCAGAAAAGAAUAGAAAAAGUCAGAAUAAGUUGCAAUUGGACUUUCAAGUAUGUGAAAUGAUAGCUUCCAAAGAAACUAGAGCAGGAUUGGAAAGAGUUUUGUG